AAGAGCCGAAAGGUGCGAUCUGCGAAAUGCAAAUUUUGUAAAAAUAUACAGAUUUAAGCAAAAUGGAUUGGUUAGCAGAGCAGUGCAGGAGAAUCCAGGAGCAGAAAUUGAAGCAAGAAAGGUCUAUUAGAUAUUUAAAACAACUGUUCAAAGCAUGGCCAGUCAAAGCUGAACUAGAAGAAGAGAAAUCUGAGAGACAGACAGCUUCAAAUAAAGAGAAGAAGAAUGAUGAGCUUGAGAAUAGUGAUGACAGGUUAACGGCAGAAGAAAAGGAAGGAUUAUUAAUGAUGGAUCAGUUGUUGUCAAAAGCACAGAAAGCUAGGGACUUACAGAAAAAGCUUGAAGAGCCCAAAAAGCCAAAGACUAUUCAAAGUGUAAAACAGAAGACCAAAAUUGACCAUGACUUAAACCAAAAUGACAAAACUAGAAUGGAAACUGGUGAUAAGAAAGAAUUACAAAAGAGGUUACAAGAAGUUGAAAUUGUCGGCAAUGUUCAAACAUCUAAAGUGCCUCAAGAGACAGCACAUCAUGCAAGUGCACCUGCUAAAAAUAAGCCUGUGAGUUGUGGAAAGCCACAAGGUAAAGGACUAAGCAAAGCUAACCCUGUUGAAAAGAUUGAGAGACAAAAAAUAUCUCAAAGACCCCAAAGCAGUUCUGGUACAAGGAAAAUAGUACCGGUUCAUGUAAAUGCUCCUUUCCAAACCAAUCCAAACUUAAGGUCUUCAAAGUUACAGACAACCUAUAAAGCUGCAACUGCUAAAACAUUAUCUAAAUCCCGUGGUGCUGGAAAGUGCAGGCAGUAG